AUGCUGCCUCAACUAAGCCGCCUUCAAACGUCGGCCAGCAUCCGGUCGCUGGGUUUUAGACGUCUCGCUUCUUCGCACUCUCAUUCAGAUGCUAAAGUUGAGAGAAAGCCAGAUAACUACAGACCCGGAACUGACUCAUAUGCCUAUGAAAAUCCAUGGCCGAAGUUGAAUGGCGGACGUUUGGAUUGGCUGUUCGGAGAUGGAUGGAGAAGACCUCUCGCAAAGGAUCAGGGAGCAAAGAUGAGAAGAGAAUGGAUUUGGUUCUCGCAAAUUGCACAUGACGAGCACAAGGAUUGGGCUCGUUUUCAUCAAGCAGCUUUCCUUCUUUUCACUGUUCUUACCACCUGGUUCACUUGCUGGAUCAUGUUUGCCCGUCCAGAUUGGCCAAUGGGAAGAGAAUGGGCAUUGAGAGAAGCUCAUUUGGAAAUCGCUAGACGAGAGAAGGCCGGACUACCACUUAUCAGUCCAGACCUGAUUCCAAGAGACCGCGUUGCCGCCACUCUCCCAUCUGACGAGGAGCUUCGCGACUUCGAUGUGCUCAUUUAAACUGCCUUUUCCCUUUUCUAAAGACAAAUUUUUAUGUUAUGUGUGUGUUUCAUCCUCUCUUUUUGGUUAGUCUAGUGAUUGGCAGUUGUCCGUUUCGAUUUCAUUGUUUUUAUGAUUAAAUAGAAUAAUGCGAAGAAUGUUUUACUGAUGUAGUUCACCGAUAAGAUAUAUUAAAACAGGAUAAGU